CAAAAAGUGUCUAAAUGAAUACAUAUGCACACAUAUGUAUGUGCAACAACAUUUGCAAAUCUUUGUUUAUAAUAGCUGACGCUUAUGGAUUUUAUGGUGGUAAAUAGAGCGAGAAAAUCUAGAAGCCAAGCGCGUUUUCAAUUCGGCAAUAAGUUUUGAGCUAAAUACCCUGAAAGUCUGCGGAGCGAACGGUUUGUGGAAUCCAAAAACCAAAUCCGAUUCACACAAUGUCCGAUGGAUCGCCGCCUCCAUCGAUUUGCUUUAUCCGUGCCGCCGAAUCGUAUCCAAAAUCACAAAUGGAGAAGGAAGACUCCCAGCUGCUCGUCCCGUUCCAAGAGUUGGCCGGCGAAUCGAUUAAGUACCUGGGACGCACGGAUGAUGGCAUCCUCGCCCUGUCCAAUUACCGGAUAUUCCUCUCCAAGCUGUCAACCGGCUAUGAGACCUACGUUCCACUGGGCCUAAUCGAAACCGUACAGGUGCGGGAUUUGUUCCAGCUGAUUGUCAACUGCAAGGAUGCCAGCACUGUGCGGUGCUCCUUUCCGUCGGCGGAACAGUGCUCCGACUGGCAACGCCGGAUCCAUCUUAUGAUCGGGGUUCCCGAAUCACUGGAAACACUCUUUGCCUUUCCAUUUUACUCCUGGACCUGCGAUGUGAUCGGAAGUGGUAAUGGAAGCGGAAUCGGAAGUGGCCAGGCGAACGGAAACGGAAUAGUCGCCAAGGAUCGCUGCGUAGCGCUACACAAUGGCUCUGCAAAGCCCGCAGCCACGGUCACAGCGGCCAAUCCUUUGCCCGAUCCUGCCAGCGAUACCAUCUCUGCCGCCAUGAGCAACCGCCUGCAACGAUCCGUGCGCUAUGAAAGCGACUUUAAGAACGAGGUGGCCCGCUUGGGAUUCGAUCUGAAGGGCUCAUGGCGCAUCUCAACGGCCAAUGCCGAUUUCAAGCUCUGUCCCUCGUAUCCACCCAAAUUGCUUGUGCCCUGCUGCAUCACCGACGAAAUGCUUCACAACGUGGCCAACUUCCGGGGUUCGCGAAGGCUACCGGCUGUCGUCUGGCGGCACCAAAAGUCGGGUGCCAUCUUGGCCCGGUGCAGCCAGCCGGAGGUCGGUUGGCUUGGCUGGCGCAACACAAGGGACGAGCAGCUCCUCAAGGCACUCGCCGAUGCCUGUGCCUUUGACAGGGGCGAACACGCCAGGCAUUCCAACAGCGCCAAUGCAAAGGCGCAACCAACAAAGGGCUCCAAGGAGACCAACGGCCAGUCGGGUUUAUCCGGCAAGAGUUCGCCAUCUCUGGACGAUUCCUCGCAUGAGGAACUCACGCUGGAUGAAAUAAAGAAAAUCCUCAUUGUAGAUGCUCGCAGCUACACCUCCGCAGUUACAAAUCGUGCCAGAGGUGGCGGAUGUGAGUGCAUCGAGUACUAUCCCUGUGCAGAGAUAGAGUUUAUGAACCUGGGCAAUAUCCACGCCAUUCGAAAGAGUUUUCACGCUGUUCGACAGCUUUGCGCGUCGUCUUCAGAUGAUCCAAACUGGUACGGACAGUUGGAGAAGACCAUGUGGAUGCAGCACCUUUCGGGCCUGUUGGGAGCCACCAUGACCGUUGUGCAUACCAUCGAGAAGAAUGGACGUCCCGUCCUUGUGCACUGCUCAGAUGGUUGGGAUCGCACUCCACAGAUCGUGGCCACGGCACAACUGUGCUUGGAUCCCUACUACAGAACUGUCGAGGGGUUCCGCGUUUUGGUCGAGCGUGAAUGGCUGAACUUUGGGCACAAAUUCGCCGAUCGUUCCGGAAAUGGUCCCAAUUCCGAUGAAGUUAACGAGCGAUGUCCAGUUUUUCUGCAGUGGCUUGAUCUGGUGCAUCAAAUACACAGGCAGUAUCCAUGCAGUUUUGAGUUCAGUAUAAGCUACUUGAUCAAACUGGCGCAACAUUCGUUGUCCUGUCUCUUCGGCACGUUCCUAUGUAAUUCGCUCAGAGAACGCAUCGAGAAUUCAGUUUUCGACCGAACGUUUUCCGUGUGGCCAUUUUUAGCGGAAACUAUGUAUAGAAAUCCUCUCUAUAAGCAUGAGACUGAAAAGGUUCUUUGGCCGGCGCACAGUGUGCGGUUUUUAUAUUUUUGGUCUGAUGUAUACCUUGGUAGUUUAGGGAACAAAAAUGGAACUGAUCUGCCAUUACUAAGUAAUGAAAGACAGAGCGGACACAAUGGCCUCAUGGCGAAGACACGAUCUUCUGAAGACUUAACAACGAAUGAGUUGGGACAGAGCACCAUUUCCAGGAGGUCCAGUGAUCCUAACCUGACCGUUGAAUCCAUUGUUACAGAUUGCUUCAAUGCGAACAGCAAUUCUAUGUUUGACAUACGAUCUGAGGCCAACAACAGUGUUAGCGCAAACGUCCAAGAAAGUCCAAGUGUUAAAGACUCCAAAGAAGUAGAGCUGGACGUAACGGAUGCAACUGAAAUAGGUCCAUGUGGCCGUUCAAAUAAUCCCAUUCCAGAGUUUCAUAACGACCAAAGCACAGCUUCUAACCGUGAUAUAUUGGAAGUAGAAACACAAUCGCAAAGGCGAAGUUCCUUGGAGUUCUCACAUCAACAGAUACCUGGAUCCGGGCGACCUGUCUUCAUUUUCGGUUCAUCCGAAAACGAUCCAAAUCCAGUUCCUUCAAAAUCUGAAGACACAAGUGAUAUUUGUCGCGCCCUAUGGCAUGGCGCUAUUGAAACCAGCACUGAUACCCUUAUUCCCGCGGAGCCCGUACAAAUACCAAACAGCGACAAUAGCAGUAGAGACCACAUAACACCCCCAAUGGAAUUGGUUAUUGGUGAUAAAAAACUGGAGCCGACUACCACUGUCCAAACCAGUAAAAUCAGUCAGAGCUACAAUAAUUUGCCCAAGGUACACAUAAGACCGAAUGCCGUGAUAUGCCCGCAGCGAGUAGACGCUUUUCCACAUCACCUGGACCUACAAGUGCCAAGGGAGACGACGGGAAACCCGGACCGUUGCAAGCCGGAAAAGUUAGCCAAAGAUGCGAAUGCCAAUGGAUCCCUGCUGGCAUCGGAUGGCUACCACGCGGAGGAAAGUCUCUUCAUGUCUCCCGACCUCCAGCGAUUCGUGGGCCAGUCGCCAUUCGAUGCUCCCUCUACGGGCGGACGAAUACGGCGAAAUACCUUCGGCUCGAGCUACAGUCGCGACAUGAAAUUCACAGCAGAAAACGGCAGCGCACACCAAUUCCCUUCGUCGGGCAUCAUUUCGUUGCCCCCAACACCAUUUCAGGAGAGGGCGCAGUUCACAAUAUCCUGUCCAGAUGGCCUGGCUCAUGGACUCAGCGAACAAAAUAUAAGACUCCACCAAAUCGUACAAGAACACAAGCUACGUGAGGAAAUGCUUCUGCGAGAAAUUCACGGUAUGCGGCUGGCUUUGUUGGAAAAAGGUUGCCCCAGUUGCAACAGCAUCGUUUCGACAAAUAUGGAACAUGAAAAUGGAUCGGAUAUCGUUGAAAAUGCUUCAACAUGUUCCUGGGAAGCCGUCGAAGAACGUAGCGGUCCCCCAUCGUAUGCCCCUUCCUCGAUCCAAGAGAAAAAAGCCUCAAGUGUCCUCUGGGUACCAGAUCAUGCCGUUUCACGUUGCUCUAGUUGUCAAACUGAGUUCUGGCUUGGACGAAGAAAACAUCAUUGUCGAUCAUGUGGAGAAAUUUUUUGUGCUGACUGCUCGGAAUUUUGGGCGCCGUUGCCAAACGAAAAGCUAUUUAAUCCAGUUAGGCUAUGUGGAUCUUGCUACACGACCGUCACAACAAAUGUCCAAGAGUAUGCUGCAGUACCUGCAGAAUCCGAAUCCCAGGUGAAGGACGAAGAGGCGUCUUCUGCGAAUUCCUAAGAGCUUUUCCCAAUUAACUUAAGUCUCCUCUGUUGUAUCAAUAUGUACAUAUUAUUACUCAAAAAUAUUUAUUGCAUAUGUGUUAGCACCAUAAUAGCGAAAAGUUCAUCUGUGCGUUUAUAUAGAACACGAAAUUAUACAAUUUUGUUA